AUGUUACACGAGGGAUUCAUCUUUGGGCAGCUGAUAGAAAAGGCACAAAUGGCAUCUAUCGUAGCCUCGACAGGAGAAGACCGCCAGACAGCCCUGAAUCCCGCCAAGCGCAGCAAAAACACCUACACGGACCAUGUAGAGAGAAUGAUGUAA